UCAUCCAAUCCUUCUAACUGAGGUUAUCUUUUGAAGAAACAAAAUGAGUAGCAGUAGUACAAGUACAUUUACAGAAAGUCCUCACAGAACUACAAUGAAGGAAACUACAAUACAAUCAACACACGGAAGUACAACCGCUUCAAGUUUCUUGGACACAUUUGAAAUUUUUUUUGCAGAAAAUCAAGAGCUUUUCAUCAAGACUGGGAUAGGAACAGGGGGCUUUCUUUUGGGGAUAAUCUUAAUGUUGAUCGUAUCCAAGUGUAAAAGAAAAAAGGAUACAGAAAUAAGCAGCACUUCAAAUAAUGGAGUGAUUACUAAUGGACGUACACAGGAAGAAAUGGACAGUCUGCUGCAAAAGUAUAUUAAUGACGCCAACACUAUGAAAAAACGAUGGCAGAGCACGACCUCCGAAGUUUAUACCCCUCAGCAGAAUACACAUUAUGCUGAAAACGAUAUACCCAUGGAAUCCAUGGGUUUUGUACAAUUCAGUCAUCAGGAAUCUACAGCUUACUAUCCCCCACCGACUGAAGAAGUACCGCCAAGGGAAUACACCAACAGUGGUGUGGUUCAAAGUUACAGAGCUGAAGAAAACUUCGGAGUGCACGAGAGUACGGCGAGAGGUGAAAAUUAUUUUCUUCUACAGAAAGACUUUGUUGAAAUCAAUGGAAUGCCGAAUGAAAGUGUCCCACAAGGAUAUACCGCAGAUAAUUACUUCCUUUUGGAAAGAGAUUUUGUUGAAGGUGAUGACUUUCAGAAUCAGGGCCAGAUUACCGCUAUUUAAUUUUGACUAACGGCAUCUUUGUGAUGCAUUGGGACAAGACAUUUAUUUUUUUUCAUAUUGAAUAGAAAAAAAA